GGACAAGAGUAUUUGGAAAAGCUUGUACCAUGAAAAUUUCCUUGGGGACUGUAUAAACUAUCCUUACAUAUCUUUGAGUGAAGCACUGAAGUUUCAGUUUCUGAAAAAUCCAUGUCAAGAGCUUCAGAUGAAACAGAAACAGGCAGUAAUUCUAGUGAUGGAUCACAAGUAUGCCCCAUUUGUUUAAAUAAGCUUUGUGGACAGGAGAUUGGAACACCAGAAAACUGUGACCAUUCUUUCUGUCUUGAGUGUUUACUUGAGUGGUCUAAGAAUAUAAACACUUGCCCAAUAGACAGAAUACAGUUUAGCCUCAUCAUUGUUUGUGUUCAGUUUGGUGAAAAAAUCAGUAGAUGGUUUCCAGUAGAAAACAUCUUACACAAGGAUGGUAAUCAGAAGCAGCAGGUAAAGGAUUACACAUGCUGUGAAACCUGUGGUUUGGCUAACUGUGAAGAUAGAUUUCUCACUUGUGGGUUUGGAUAUCACUGUGGAUGUUUAGCCUCUCCAUUAAGGGAUUCACUUAUGAAGGAAUGGUUCUGCCCAUAUUUUUUGCCAACUGUGGAAUCUAGCCAUCGGUCUUCAAUUCAAGAAUCACUCUUACAAGAGAUUUUGGACAAUUUUCAAGUGAUGUUGAGUAAUAAUUUUAAAUCAGAUGCUACUGUUUUAAGGAGAGCUACAUUUCCUAAAAUAGAUAGUAAGAAUGUUAAUACAUACAUACAAAGGAGAAAAAUCAAGGGAGAAUCUGCUGGUAAAAGGAAAGAAGUUUCAAGAACUAAGAUAAAACGACCAUCACUAGCAUUGUGUAGGCUUCUUGCAGCACUUCUGGCUGUGAAGAAGAAAAUGGCUGAUGAUCACAGACUGAUGAAGCCUCCUCUUGGUCACACUUUGUCAAUAACAAGACAUCUGGGCAUUCCACAAAGAGUGAACUCUUUGGAUAGUGGUACAGGAAUCUCAUUAAUUUCGUUAUAUGGUGAUAGAAAUGAGCUAGAUAUUGUGAAUGAAAGCUUUGACAGUGAAGGUGAUGUUAGUUUAGUGCGUACAUGCAUAAGAAGUCCAGUUAGAGCUCAUGCAAAAGAAGUUCUUGUUAGCCUCUUUGUUUCAUCAAGGUCUUGUAUACCUACUGUGCCUUCAUUAGAAAGUCAUCAGAACUAUGACAUGAUAGACUCCAUUCUUCAGAUACAACCUUCCUUAAACUAUGACUCACAAGUUAUGUGGAAUAGAAGUUUGAAAUCCACAAAUUAUUCUAUGACUCUGAAAGCCCCAAAUAGUAGUAUACAGAAGAGGCCACAAGAUCCAGUCUCCCAGGGUACUAGCUCUAAAGAAACUUCACCUCAAGGAUAUUCUAAGUGUAGAAGUACAAAUCAAGAAGACUUCAGUGGUUCUUCUAAAGAAAAUGUUUCUAUAUAUAAUAGAUGUAUGCCAUCCAGGACUUCGUACUCAAAAGAAAAUGUUUCUAAUUCUAAUGUUUCCAGACCUACAGAUGGUCAUUGUAGUUCAUCUCAUAGCCAUCAUCAUCAUAAAGGGAAACAUAAACAUUCACACAGAAAAGAAAAAAAACACCCUCAUAUAGAGGAAGAUGUUGAUAUAUAUAGUGACAUUGAGUCCUUAGGGGAAAGUGCUUUGUUAAUAGAAGAAGACAAUACUAAUAAUCACUUUUCUUUGCCAAGCAGUACUACUUAUCAUUCUAAUUCACUGAUUGGUAAUCUUGAAGAAGGUAGUGACUCUAGUGAAAAUGAGUUGGUAAUAGAUGAAGAUGCCAAAGUUGGAGAAGAACAGAGUUAUAGUGAUGGUGAAAAUGCCCACACAAACCACUCUGCUGAAAUUGUUUUGUCAGGGAAAUUUAAAGAUGAGGAGACUAUAGAAGAAAAUUUAUUGCAAGAAAUUGUUGAAAAAGAUAAUGUUGAAGAAUUUUCUGAAAGUUUUCCCUGUAGUAGUUCUUCUAAUGAUAAUUGUAAGGAAAGUGAAAAUCAAGAAGCUUUUACAAACUAUAAAAAGGAACAGUAUAAAGAACAAAACUACAAAGAGUGUAAACAAGAUAAAAAAGGUUAUGUAUUAGAACAAAAUUUAUACAUUUGUAAAGUGGGCAAGAGAGAGACAGGCUAUGAUGCUGAACAAAUAUCAUGUCUGGAUGCAAUUGAAGAACCUGUUGAUGUGAAUAUAAAUGAAGAUGGCAGAGAUGCUGAGUAUCAGUUUCAAAGUGAAGAAAAGGAAGAUAUUGAAGUAGAAGUAGGAGCAGACAUAGAUCAAACUGAAGAUGAGGAAGAUUGUGAACAACAACAAGAUGAAGAAACUGGAGACAUUGGUGAAACUAAAAUCAUAGAAUUUGAUGAUAUUCAAGAACAAAACUAUGAUGAAGAAGAUGCGAUAUACAUAAAUGGAGCUGAAAACAUGGAACAUAAUGGUGUCCAAAAACAGAGAGACAAGGAAGAAAGACUUAGAGAAAUAGAUGAAACUGAAUACACUGAAAGUGAUGAUUUUCAAGAAUAUGUGGAUGCCAAAGGAAGAGCCACAAAUUUAGAUGAAAUUGAAAAUGUAAUGGAUGAUGAUGUUGAAGAUCAUGAAGAUGAAAAUGAAGAAAGGAUCACGAAUAUAAAUACAGAGGAUAACACUAUUCAAGAAUACAAUAUUGAGAAUGAAAAUAACCACAAGGAAUCAGAAUUAUAUAUAGAAAAUAUGGAAGGUAGUGACAUGAGAGAAACUAGUUCACAGGGACUUGGAGAAAUGAUGUGGAAUAAUGAGAAGAAAUUGCACGGAACUAGAAUUAGUCUCAGUACUGAAGAACCUCAAAAAACUCCUUUAAUUUUGGAAAAGCAGAAAGGAGAAAAGGAUGAAGUAAUCAGAGAAGCCAAAGAGAACAUGGUAAAACAGAAAACUUGUAUGCAUUACGAACAACAACAAUUAGGGGACUCGAAUAAUAAUGUGGAAUUUUCUCAUGAGAUAAGUUUAAAUUUAGCAGAAGUAGAAGAUAUUUCUGAAGAUGAAAAUGAAAUGGUUUGCCAAGGAGAUAGUGUCAAUAAUGAAGAGAAUAGAAACAUAGAUAUUUCUUGUAAUGAGCAAGAUGAUGUUGAGAAGAAGGUGGCUUUACUUUUUGCAGAUGAAGAAAAAUGUAAUAUAGUUGGUAAUAAAAAACAGGAAUCCAAGUCAAGGAAAAAAAAUAAGAAUAGUUACAAGGCAAGUCAAACUAAUAUAGACGAUGAAGCAGAAGAAGGUGAAAUAGUUGAAAAUGUUCAUUCCAAGAAGCGCAGGGAAAGAGAGAGAUACAGUUCACGGCACAAUCUACAAGAAGAAUAUGAUGAUUUAACGGACCUUACACCUCGAAUCAAUAUAUCAGACCUCCCAAGAAUUCCCAAAAUAAAAAAAGUUGAAGUGGAGCCAUCUUUAGAGCAGACCAUAGGAACUAAACGAACUAGUGUAUUAGAAAGAAUAGAUGCUGGAUCUUCUGAAAUCAGUUGGAAAAAACUAUCAAAGAACACUAAAGAUAGAAAUUACAGAGAUAGAAAACCAAAAGAUGAAAAUAUACUCUAUCAGCGUGAAAUAAAAGUAAAUAAAGAAAGAAACAAAUCCUAUAAGCCAGAUUCUGACCGAUGGAAACAGGAUGGUUGGAGUAGAGAAGGAAAUAAAUAUCAGAAGUCAGAUUUAGAUCAGUGGAAACAAGACAGUAGAAGCAAAGAAGGAACUAAAAACCAGCAAACAGAUUUUACUCAUCUCAGAAAUGAUGACAAAUACAAAAGAAUAGGGGGGAGUAAUAGAGGUAAAGACCAGUUGGAAGUUGACUUGUGGAAAGAAAAAAAUAAUGUAGAAAUACCUGAUCAUAAUCGAUUUUCUAAUGAAAAAAAAGUUGAAAGAGAAAUGGAAAAAUCUUUUGACAAAAGUAAUGAAAGACGAGAGUGGAGAGUAGAUAAGAGCAAUGAAAAAAAAUGUGAAAAGCGUGAAAAGAACUAUAGAGAUAGAUAUAAAAACAAAGAUUAUAAAGAAGAAAGUAAUAGGAGUAAUGAAAAAGAAAAGUACAGGAGGCAUUCUCAUGAGCAUUCAUCUGAAAAAACCCGAGAACAUGACAGCCGAAAGGAAGAAAAAACAAAGAUCUGUGGUGAAAAGUAUGAAGGACACAAAGAGAAAUUUGAUAAACAGGAAAAAAAACAUCAUGAUAAAAAUCGUCAUCAUGACCAUAAGAAGAAGAAAGAUCGAGGGUCAAGUCCUUAUUCUGAUAUAACAUCACUUGAUGCAAAAGAAAUCUAUGCCAAAGGUGAUAGUAUUAUUAUCAACGUUAAUUUUAAUAGAAAUACACUGAAAGAUUCUGAUGUAGCUGGACACAUUGAUGAUGCAGCAGAAAACCAGAUUGACAACAGAUUCCAGAAAUCUAAAAGUCUAACUGGAGAUAGCACUAAUAAAAAAAAUAGAAGUUACGGAGAUUUUCUAGAUUUAAAUAGUGAAUGUCCUUCUUUGAAAAGUAACAUUUUUGAAGAAAGCUUUGCCAAACAAAGUUCAGAAAAUGUUGACUAUGGUGAGGCCAUCUCUGAACAUACACCAAAAGAAAUUCCUCUUGAUGAAGACUUUCAGUUGGAGAAAGAUACCAUAAUGAGCGAUGAUGGUCUGAAAUUAGAAAAUUUUGAUUUUGAGAAUAGAAAUUAUUCUGAGAGUGAAGCUGAAGAUGAUUUUCGUAAAAAACUGGAACGAAAUGUUGAUUCAAAAGUAGAAUCCAAUGGCAAGGAAGAAAUUUAUUUGCCCAGUUAUAGUGAACCUAAAAGUCAUUUCAAAAAUAAAAAUCCAUCAAGAAGACAUUUUCCACGAUCUCCAUCUCCACCAUCCCCUCCAGACAAUGAUAGCUAUGAUCCAUGUGAACCAACCUGUAGCCCAAAUUUACGACAAGAUGUUUUCUGUCAAGCAACAUCUACUGACAUAUCUUCAGUGCAUGAAGGAAGACCAGUGCCACCACCUUCACCAGAACUGCCACCACUUCCAACUGAACCAGAACCAGAAGAACCACCAUUACCAGAUGUUCCUUUGACUUGUUAUAGCUUCCAUGUCUCAGAGCCAAACAUGUCAGUCAGCACUGCUGUAUCGACUGCUCUCUCAGCAUUAGCUACUAUGAGUCAUGAGAUAUCUCAUUCUUCUGCAUUUGGUGGGCCUCAGAGAACAACACUAAUCUUACCAAACCUUAGAGUUCCUCCGCCAAACUUUGUGCACCAGUCAUAUCAGAGAAACCUUUCUUCAGGCAAUAGAACUCACUUGAAUUCUGGUAGUCUGCCAUUACCAAAUCAAAAUCUUGGUGCAGCACCUCCACAUGUGAUGUUUACAGCUUCAAAUUUACAGAAUGUUAUUCAAAGGGGAAUGUUUUCAACACAACCUCCUCCUAGUUUGUCAUCAGUGAAUAUGCCAGGUUCUUCUCAGCUUGGUGCACUUUUACCACCUUCAACUGCUUUAGGUGCUUUUUCUCAAAUAAGGUCACAAAAUUUGGGAACAGAAGCUUCCUCAUCUUCCAAUCCAAUAUUGACAAACAUUCCACCUCUCAGUAUAGGAUUACCACCUCAGAUGUCUCUGCCCAACCUCAGACAACCACCACCUCCACUUCCUGCUUCUGUUCAAAGUCAGAUAUUUCCACUGAGUCAAACUGCUGUGUCCAUGGCUCAGACAACACCUUUGUCAUCAGUUAAUAGUACAGUGACACGUAAUGUGUCAAGUUCUCAGGUUAUUACAAAGCAACAACUCCAAGAAGAUGUAACAGAUGUUGUAGACAUGGAUGUUGAAUCUCCAUAUUCUCCUUAUUCACCUGGUGAUUCUCUAGUAUUGGAAAUUGAAGAAGAGGAAAAACCAGCUGUCUCAGUUUUUCAAAAGAAUUAUGUUUCUGUGCCAAAAGACUCGUUUGAUUCAUUACUUUCUUCGGAAAAAUUAACUUCUUCUCUUAAUAAAAGAAACUAUGAUUCAUCAAAAGACAAAUCCAGGAAACCAAAGAAUGGGGAUCAUCAUAAUUUCCAGUCAGUUGAUUCACGGCUAUCAUCAGAAAGCUAUUCCAAGCAAGAAACUUCUGGACACAGUUCUAAAAAGCAGAAAAUAGAUUCAAGACCAGAAGCCAACAAGCAUAAACACUUAAUAAGAUUUGAAGUUAUUGAUAGAUCUAAACUGAGUGCCUCUGUGGCUAGUAAAAAACAAACAGAGAAAAAAGGAGUUUUGAUAAAAAUGGAUGAUUCCCAAUUGAAAAUUUUAGAUGAAUUACCAAGUUCAGCAAUGGAAAUGCAAGUUAAAGAAAAGUUCCUGAAGAAACUUAAUCGGCAGGAACGAGUUGUUGAGGAAGUCAAACUUGCAGUUAAACCAUAUUACAACAAAAAAGAAAUUACCAAGGAUGAAUACAAAGAAAUUCUCAGAAAAUCUGUUCCAAAGGUAUGUCACAAUGAAUCUGGAGAAAUCAACCCUGUGAAAAUCAAAGCUUUGGUGGAAGGAUAUGUGAAAAAAUUCAAACACCAAAGAAAGAAAUCUAUGUCAGGAGCAAAACAUGGGAAAUAAUCUUGAAUUUAAAUAUUGUACAUAUAUGUGAAACAGAAGGGUCAUUGAAAAGUACCCCACGAAGAAACAUGUCUGAACAAAAGAAGCACUAAUGCUUUUUUUUUCUGAAUAGUGUGUGUGGUUUAAUAUCUUCUAAAAAAUUGUUGUAAAAUUAUAAUCUGUGUUAUUGCAGAUCACUGAUACAGCUGUACAAAGUGUUAUAAUUUUUAAAUGUAGUAGUAGUAAAGUAGUGGUGUACAGAAGUUGUACUGAAUCUCCAAUGAAAGGUACAGAAAAGAAGAAACUUUUAACUUUCUUGUUUGUUUUUUGGCCAACUGAGUCUUCUUGCUGUCUUCAUCUGUCGAAUAUUUGACUUGUAUUUAAGUAGUGAGGGUUGUGACAAGAAGAAAGCAAAUAUAAAACUAUUACACCAUAAGUGAAUAGUUUAGUAGCAGGGAAGAGAAAGAAACAUCAAGGAUAAUAUCUUGAAGAAAAUUAUUCAAAGUGUUAAAAGAUAAAAAAUAAAUUAAUAUGUGAGUGAUAAAAAUAGUACCUCUUCAUGAAGGUUUUGUCAGUACCAUUAUAAGAAGUUAUUUUCUGUUUAAAAGAAUAUUUAUUUAAGUGAUUAAGUGAUACUUGCCAAUCUGCAGCUAUUUUGAAUUUUGUAUUUUUGGAUCCAAGAAAAGAUUGCAUAAAGCUAGAAUGUAGUAAUUCACAAAAACGUUUUUCAUUUGGUUUUUAUUAGGCUAACGGCAGUUGAAAGUUGUAACAAUCCAGGUGUCUGACUGGGACUAACAGACUUUAAAGCUCAUUUGUUAGAGUAUCAGUAUCAAAAUAUUAACAUGAGCCAAGGUUCAAAGGAUUAUCAGGUUGUAACAAGGUUUAGUUAAUGAUAAUGGUUCU